AUGAAUAAUUAAUAGAGUAGGAACUUUGUUGGAAAGAAGAUUGAUGAUUAUAUCCUUGUAGAUGUAUUAGGCACAGGAGCUUUUGGAUAAGUAAUACUUUUAUUAUAAUUAAUUUAGGUUUUUUCUGCUUAGAAUAUAAUUACUAAAGAAUCAGUUGCCAUAAAGUCUGUACCAAAAUCAAAAUUGUAAUCUAUUUGAUUUGAUUAUAUUUAGGAGAGAACAUAAUGGAUUGGUAGGAUAAUUAUUAAAGACAGAAGUUUAAGUAUUAGCUUAAUGCAGUAAUAUUAAUGUUGUUAAGAUGAAUAAGUAUCUGGAGAGCGAAAAUAAUUGCUAUUUAGUGAUGGAAUAUUGUAAUUGUAAAUGAAAUUUAUUAAACUAUUUUAGAAGGAGAUCUUGAAUAAUUGUGGAAGAAAAAGAAUAGAAUAAUCUCUGAAGUAGAGGCUAUUUAAUAUAUAAAAUAGAUAUUAAAUGGUAUGAGAGGGUAAAUGUAUAAAAAAAUUAUAGAUUGCAUGAAAUGAAUGUUAUUCAUCGAGAUUUAAAAUUACCUAAUAUACUAAUCUCUAAUAAUGUUCUAAAAAUAGGAGAUUUAGGUUUUGCUAAAAGAAUGGAAAGCUUAGAUGGAGUAGUCAAAGAAGCAUUAGGUACUUUAGGAACUAUGGCACCUGAAAUCAUUGAAUUUAAACCAUAUGGAAUUCUAGCUGAUAUGUUUUCAAUUGGUGCCAUUUACUAUUAGAUGCUUUUUGGUGUACUCCCAUUCAGUAUUAAAAGUUAUAAUGAUUUCUUAAAAGAUGUUAAAUCAAGUAAAACUCUAUAGUAUUAUUAAUAAAGAUUAGCCUAAUUUUACAAGGAAUAAUAUUAAAAUAUCUAAAGAAUCAUAAGAAUUAUUAAUUAGAAUGCUUAAUCCAGAUCCAAAAUAAAGAUUAUAAUGGAAUUAGUUGUAUGAAUCACCUUUAUUUUCAAAUUAAGUUGUAAAUCCAGGUAUUCAUUUAUUAAUUUAUUAACUAUAGCCUUAUGUUAAUUAACAGUGGAAUAGGUUGUAGCCAAAUAGGUAGAUUUAAAAAUGAAUAAAUAAGUCUAUUAGUAAAACUAAUAAAAAUUUGAUAAUAUCAAUAAUUAAGAUAUGAUAAAGAAAUUAUAAUCUGAUGUACCAAAAAUAGAACAAAAAUAAGUUAUGGAUAAUUCAAAUGAUGAAAAAUUAUUAUAGGAAGCUCUUUAAUAAAAAUAUCUUUAGUAAUAGAAGACUAAUGAUUUAAAUAAUGUGUUUGAGAAAUAUCUUAAUGAAAGAAAUACAAUUGUAUUUUUAGGUACUGUCUUAAAUGAAAUUCAUUAAAGAAAACACACUCAAAAUACCAAUGUAAUAAAUAUUUAAUUUUUAUUUUAGGUAUUUCUUCCUGCUUUCAUUAUAUCAAAGAAAUUAAUUAUUGAAAUGGAUCGUUUCUUAGAAAUUUUAAAAACACAAAGAAAUAUUUAUUAAUGUGCAUAUUUCUUUGAACUUUAUACAUUCCCAUAAUUUACAGCCUUUGUUAAAUUAUGUGAAGAAGAUUUCUAAAUAUAGAUGACUCAUUUUUAAGUAAUUUAAUAAUAAUUACAGUAUUUUAUAAUAUUAUAUUUAGAACUAUUUUGUUUCAAAUGUAGAAUUAAGCUAAUGAAAAAUAUAUAUCAGAAUUGUUGCCUGCACCAUCAGCUUAAUUUGAAGAGAACUAUCGUGAUAUUUUGAUCAAUUAUUAUAUGUAAUUAUAGGAUGAAAAGGGAGAAAGUGAAGAUUAAGACAAUGCUAUAAAUAAUUUGUCUAUUUAUGUUUUAGAUACCAUUUUGUUUGAUAGAGUUGUUAAGAAAUAAGUAUUAAAUUUUUAUUAUAUUUUAUAGCUAUUAACCUAGAAAGUUGAUGAUUAUUUGGAGAAGUUCAAUUUCUUGACUAGUAAAGAAAAAGAAGAGAUGAUUGCUUAAAAAUUUUAGCAAAUAUAUUCAUUUUGA